AUGCAAACUGACUCGCAUACCAACAUGUAUGUUGCUCGAUUUACAACUACCACGGGAUCUCUGUCUCCUCCCAACCAAACCUAUACUAACAAGAACAGGUUACGUAAGGAGAACUUACCCACAGACCCUUCGUCUCAUGCCGAUACUCCAAACUCCUCCACCCAGUCUUUCAACAUCCCUCAGAACAAGGGCUCCAAGAGAUAUCCCAUUGAAGAUGUCUUCAAUGUAUGGCACGAAGUUAGAGACCAGGUUCUUAACCAGCCCCCAGCUUCCAAAUCCCAUGAAAACUACAAGCAUUCCAGUCCUCAAGAGAUCUACCAUUUGAACUUACAAAGACAGGCCCAAGGCGGCAUGCUGAUUCAACCUACCGACUCGUCUAGCCAACAGAUCGAUAGCCAGGCUUCGCAGCAACAAAGCCAGCAACUGUCUCUGGCUGCUCAGUCCAUUCAAAGCUCCAUUCCGUCUUUGGAAGAGCAAAUGGCUCAGAUGAAUGUAGGAAGGAAGUCGGCUCCACCUCCGAACCUUGCUCCACCGGAUAGGGCUAGUCCAGCUGAUCUGAACUUGAUUCCUCCUGAGAACAUUUUUUGGUCGUAUCUUGAUCCCUCUGGCAAUGAACAAGGUCCAUUUCCUGGUAAUGUCAUGCAAGAGUGGCUUACUGACGGUUACUUGGACUUUGAGUUACGCAUUCGCCGUGCAGAGGAAUCUAGCUUCUACACUUUGAAGCAAUUCUGUGAGGCUGUGAACAACUACAUCCUGCCUUUCAAGGUUCCUUUGCCAUCGGCUGGAAGUGGUCAACAAGCCAGGGACAGUCAGCAACCUCAUGAAUCAAGUCAAUUGCUGAACGAUCCGUCAGGCAACUCUGCCCAGGGUACUGGUCCAGGUUCCAACCAGCAAUCUGCUUUUGGUGGAAACAACUUAUAUUCAUCGCUCAUGCCAAAUGGUGCUUCCCUGUCACUCGGUGCAGCCUCUAUGAGAAUGAGUUCUUCUAAUCAUUUGUUUGAUUUUAUGGGUUCUCGUGACUAUCUGUUGAUGAAUCAACAGAAUCAGUUCUCGAACAACCAAUUUGGUAUUGACCCAGUGGGUAUGAACUUGGGUCAAAACAUAGGUCAAAACAUAGGUCAAAACAUAGGCCAGAAUUUGGGUCAAAACUUGGGCCAGAUGGGCCAGAACUUGUCUGGUAGCUUUGGCCAAUUGCAUAUGCCUUCUUUGCUUCAGCAGCAGAUCCAGCAGCAACAGCAGCCUAACUUAUCCAGAAACAACUCUGCAUGGGGAUUGGAUUCCGGUAGUGGUUUGAUGUCUGGUAGCCCUCAGACUCCUGGGGCUGUGAACACAAAUCUUCCCGGCUUGGCGAAUCAGGGCCCAAUGUCACCUUGGUUAUCUGGAAUGCAAUCAGUUUCCCGUGUAAGCUCUCCUUUUGUUCCUUCGUCAUCUUUGACUGGAUCUGCUUCAGCUGAAGGCUCCGAUAUCAUCAAGCCCUCUUCCGAGGACCCUGUUCUCCAUGAUAUUCAUAGUUCCAUGGUUACAGGUAUUUUGAAUGAUGAUGACCACCGUCGUCAGUCAGUGGAGGACCAGACUCCUCAGUCGAAGCCCGAAGAGCGUAACCCAGUGGAUGAGGACCCUACAUCCCACAUCCCUGGUGCAUUCAUUCCUGAACCUGAAGCUCAGGAACCUCAAAAUGAACCAUCAAACGAUCAAACCGUUGAUGAAAAUGUUGCUCCAGCUUCUGAUAACGUUAUCGAAAAAGAAUCAGAACCACAACCUGAAUUGCCUACUCAAAAGAACGUUGCGCCAGCCAAAUCUGAGCCAAAGCAAGAAUCUCAACCCGCUUUAGCUCCAUGGGCCAAGGCUUCAGCCUCCUCUGCUGAACAGUCGAAGCCAGCUAUGACUUUGAAGGAAAUUCAAGCUUUGGAGGCCGCCCGUUUGCGUGAAGAGCAACAACUUAGAGCUGAAAAGAAGCAACAAACUGCAUUGGCAAACGCUAUUGCUCUCUCUAAAGAAGAAGCAGCAGCAUCUGCCGACAAGCCUACAUUUAACUGGGCUAAUGCCCCAUCCCAACCAACAGUGGGCAAGAAGUCCUUAGCUGAAAUUCAAAAGGAAGAAGCAGAGGCUGCAAAGUCCAAGCUUGCUGCUGCUAAGGCAUCUGCUCCACCAAAGGCAUCCCUUGCCAGCUCCUUGGCCGCAGCUACACCAAAGGAAGAUAAGGCUUGGACCACAGUCGUUAGCAAGAAGCCAGCCCCACCUAAGAAGGCCACGCCUGCAGUUUCUUAUUCUAACGCUGCUAGUGGAUCUACGUCAAUUUCUCCUCAGAUGUUGCGUGCUGCUUCUUCUACCAGCACCAAUACCCAAUCGUUUAAUGGUAAUGCUGUGAGAGAGGACUUCUUGGUUUGGGCUCGUUCUGCCAUGACAAACUUGUACCCUUCUGUAUCAAAGAAUGACUUGCUUGAGAUUUUCACUACUUUGCCUUUGCACCCUGAUUCUAGCCAGUUGAUUUCUGAAACUAUCUACAGCUCUUCAGCUACUAUGGAUGGUCGCAGAUUUGCUCAGGAAUUUAUGAAGAAGAGACAGGGCGUAGAGAAGCAAGUCGGUGCCGGCAGUGGUGACUCCUGGUCAGCUGCCAUUGCUUCUAGUGCUGACAAGGUCCCAACUGUGGAUGAUGAAGGCUGGAGCACUAGCAAGACCAAGAAGAAGGGUAGAAAGAACUAA